UUUCUGUGGAGCUCAGCUGGCGAACAAAAUGUUGGCCCAUGGUUCAUUGUAUUGGUGUAUCUUCUUCCUCGUUUUACAGUCAAGGAUACCUUCGUCAUAUCCAGUGAAAUGUUCCAAGCUGCUCAAUAUCUUUGCAAACGCAGUUUCGAACUACACUUACUGUGCUGUGAGCAACUCUCGGCCGUUUCGUUUUUGUUGUCACUGCAAGGAUUUAUACGUUGAAGCUCUAAACGGGCACAACAAUAUUGUACUAGACAAAAACUGCAGCAGAGAGUUGAUCUUUGCCGAAAAACACCAGCUGGUAGAAUAUGCCUAUGAUUUUACGGUGGAUAUUUGGAAGAAGUCCAAUUGUCCAGGUAAUAUUAUUCUACAUCUGUUCACAUGAUGAUCGAACCUUCGAUGUGUGGAUUAGGCUAAGUUAUGAUGUACAUAAAAUGUCUUCUCAGGUUAAAGCAUAAUUUCAUUUGUCUCCUAUGAUCAAUUUAGGCUGGAGGAAAAAAAAGAAAUUCUGAAUACUCAAACUACAAUCACAGACAAAAGUAGUUGGGAAGGUUGUACAACUUAACAGUAGUCCAUUUCAAUCCUGAAAAAAGAGAGUUUUCUCUUACAUUAACGUUUUGAUCAACAUUGGGCCAGGGGCGGGGGGAGGAAGGAAAAGAAGAGGUAAAAAAGGCGACCUUCCCAACACUUUUGACGAUGAUUGUAUGGCCAGAAGAUAGGGUAGGGUUUUUGAGGGUCUUGAACUCCGGCGACAGUACUCGACCAAUAUUUGGUUAUAGGUGAGCCACUGAGGGUUUGAAACCCAUGACCCUGUUUAGGACAAAAAUUCCUAAAAUACAUACCCUGUUAAAAUGCACAUCAUCUUGUUUUAAAGCCAUUUAUUAGCACUUGCCAUAGAGCAAAUUCACAUUGUAGUCAUUGCUUCAGUAUACUUGGAGUACAAACAUAAAUCAAAUUCAUGGUGCAGGCAAUAGCCUGUGUAGUUGGUGGGAUUCUUGUGCCGGAGGCACUUUCUUGGCAUUGGAGUCACCACGUAAAGCAAGCAGCAAAGCUGCGAAGGUAAAUCUUCCCUGCCAAUGCGGCCCACUUUUGUCACCUUGAUUGGAUCCAUUUGAUUACUCAAUCAGAAAAAGUGGUGAAAUACAAAACUGACCUGCAAAUGUGGCAGGCCAAGCAUAACAGUCAAGUCAUGGACAAGACAACUACAUGUUGCAAGUUAUUCAGGAUCCAGGCAGGGUAUUCUGCAGUUACUCCAAACUUGAGAAACUAAAACCUGGUCAUUUAGCCACAAUAAAAAGCUUCAUGCUUCUAAAGAGGUCAAAAAAUUCCCUAAACUGCUUCAGAGUCAAAUUCUGUCUGAGACAAAAUACAUAUGAAAUCAAUACACAGGAAACACAUCAGCUUAUGACCCCUCAAUCAGCAAAGGUAACAUUUGCUCAGUCAAAACCAAGAAUCCUCCACAGCAUUCUCCACCCACUUUUUGAAAGUGCCAGUUUUAAAUGAUCAAGCACUCUUUUUAUGUUGAGCUCAGAUGGAUCAGGGAGUUUGCACUGCAUGACAAAAGGCAAUGUUGUCUGAUGCGCUUUUGUUAUAGAGCCAGUUUCCUGUCAUAAAACAAGAUUAGUUUGAGCCCUUUCUGAGUAAAGUAUAGCAGAAGACAUGCCUUAAAUUUUGAGAUCUAUUUCCCUCAAAAAAAAGUCUUUUGAGGAUUUCAUUAAACAAUAAAUCUUAUUGUGGAGUGGAGCCUUUUAGCUUGCUCAAUUCUUUUUCAUUUCCACUUGAACUCACUAACUUUCCCUUGGGAGGGACUAGAGAUUUACAUUAGCAUUUGACUGAUGUGUGAUCACCUCUCAGCCAAUCAGAAACUCCUGUAUGCCUGGUUGUCGAAUUAUUCAAAAUACCCAAGAAUUAGGGUAGGCAGGAUUUCAAUUUAUUUGACUAGCUCCCAAUCUUGUGGCCACGCUGCCAAAAAACUGCAGCACUCCCUCUAAUCCUGCCAACUGCGCAGGCUAUGCAGGCAAUACCCUGUUGACAGACUCGCACGAAAUUAAGUGCCUUUCUAGGACAGACUCACAUGAAAUUAUAUACCAUGUUUAGGACACAGGUCAAAAACCAUUUCCUGUUCAGUGGCAUAGCCCCAAAUAGGGCGUGAAAAUAUGAUGUGUAGUGGAGUAUUUUUGACAAAAUUUGAUUUGCUUGAUAUUUUGAAGCUACACUGUGUUGAGUAUUUUAUAUAAGGUUUUGGCAAUUUUUUUUUUCAGAAGAUAUUGAACAUGAUGUUGGAAAUAUCUCUCUUAUCUAUUCUAGAUUGCUUUAAUAGUGACAAAGAAGGGAGACCAACUGCAGUAAAAUCAGAAAUCAAGGAGUUCUUUAAAAAGUUGGAUGAAGUUGAGCACUGCUUUUAUAACAAUUCUCAGGUACUGUAUACCUAUGUGUACAAUUCGGCUGACAUGCCCUGUAAAAGAAGGAAAUCAUUGCCUCUAUAAGAAUAUUUAUUUAUUAUAAUUAUAUAGCUACAAUAGAAUGCAUGCUCUGAUUGACUGCAGAGCAGGUAAGUUUUCCUUGUGAGGAUGACGGGCAUUAUUCUAGCUUGGUGUCCAAGGCAUUUACAAUCUGCGUUUAACUUGAUAGUGGGCAUCCAUGUUAUGGUCAAUUGACAGCUUUCAAAAAAGGGUAUCCACUGACCAGUGUCACAUGACUGUAUCACGGGCUCAAGUGUACAACUCAUUGAGGCGGCAUGUUUUUUUAAAGUUAUCUGCUGACCAGGUAUUGGUUUUAAUUGAUCGCAGGCUCAAUACUUCCGGUGUUUUAUAUUAAUGGAGCUAAAAAGGACAUAUGAUAAAUGACAUUAACCUCUUCCGUUCAGUCAUUACGGGGAAAUCUUACACCUCAGCCCUGAUGUAUUGACCGAGCGGUAGGGCUUUAGUCUGAGAUUUCCCUGUAAUGACCUCACUCUUGGUUAAUAAUAGAAGUGGUAUAUAUUGAAAUUUUAGCACAUUGCGAACAUUUCCUAGAGAUCAGUGAUUUAUUGCCAUCAAAUAAUUGCUAUCUUAUUUUGUUUCCUACUGUAUGUCAGGUGAAUUGUGGGAACAAAAAUUGAGAAUGGCAGCCACUUUCUCUGUAACACAAAUUUAACCACAUUUUUGUGCAAGCUACUUGCCUUAUUUUCACACUAAAUGAAAUUAUACACAUCCUCCCUGUCCCUUAAAUUGAAUCCUGGUUUCUGGGUUAUACAAGCAAUUAUUUAUUAAUUGGUAUGUGUGCCUAUCUGCAAUGAUUUUUCACGUGUGAGAGCUUUCUCCUACAGUUCAUUAUAUAAGAAAUUUCACAGUUUUAUUUUUAUUAAUGUUCACUUUGAAUUUAUAAUUUCAUCUUCUAUUUACUAUUGUAUUUACAAAGUGACCAGCUCCCAGUUGACUUGAUCAAGCCCAGCGGUAUAAGAGCUUUGUACAGGUCAUGAGUUCAAAUAUCAUUAGAGCCUGAUAUUUUUUUCCCUUUUUGUUCUGCAACUGCUUAAGAAACAUUACCACAGUGAUCUUUAAUUUGCUCAUAAGCACUCUGGGAGUUUGCUGGAUCAGGGUCAUCUAAGAUUUUGUGUGUACUGUUUAGAUGAAGGCUCUUUAAUUUUGAUGUAUGAUACUCUUUCAGCUUUGGUAUUUACCAUAUGCUUUGCAUUUUAUUUUGGUAUCUCAAAGAAAAUUUUGGUACUGUAACAGUGGGGUAUGCUGCGGUGCUCCAAGUUCACCUUUUUCAAGGUCGCCUUUAGGCAAUCUAAAACUAUCCUAAAAUAGUCACUUCAGUUGCCAAAAGAGGACUGACAAUAUAAUAUUUUCUGCAAUAGAGAGAAAAAGUUGUUACAUCACAUUGCCAUGGUAGCAAAGUUUUUGGAUCUCAACAACCAUGGUCCUACAAAUGUGGCAGCCAUGUUGAUCAGUGCACUCACGUAUUUCUUGGCUGAAGAGCCAGAAUUGAUUAAUUGGGGAGAGGACCACUACACUUUCGUUCUAAAUAUGUUGAGUUGUUUGAGUAGGGAGUUUAAGAUGUCACUAUUGCAACAGCAUCGAGAGCAUCAAAAAAGCAAUAGGUCAGGUUAAGAUUAGCAAAACAACAACUUUGCUUAUGUAGCACACUUUUCUGUACAUUUCUUUGCCAUCACUGAAAGACUAAGUGAAUUACCUAAAAAUUUUUCAUGUUUUAUCAACUAUGUGUACAACGACAUUUCUUGUUCUCUUUUUAAACGUGGAUAUUUUUCUUAAGAGGUCAACCUCAGGCAAGUUAACCAACAGGUACUUUAGACAAAGUGAGAGAUUUUAGAUAAUCACACUCAAGUUACAAAGAACUCAAAGAAAAAAAUGGUCAUUGCAGUAAGUGAAACUGAUGAUUUAUUUCUAAACGUUUGCAAAUACCUCAUGUUGUCUCACUUUUUUCUCUUUGAUGUAAUCAGCAAACAGCUUCUUUGCCACCUUUGUCAACCUCUUUGUGUUUUGUGAGUCCUUGUCUUCAACUAUUUCUUUGAUGUCUUGCUUGGUCAACGAAGCAAACCUGGAAGUCAUGUUUUGCUUCUUCACUGACGGCAAGCAGCACAAAGCGCGUGCACUUGACAUGAUUAACCUUAGAAAUCAUGCACCUCGGUCAUACAUGACAUGACUACUUGUGACCAUGAGUGUCCUUGACUAAAAAAUUUGCUGUUUGCUUUUGGCCAAUCAGAAAAGAGAUAGUGAGUUGAAUGUAUAAAAUAACAGUAAUAAAACACUGUAGUUUGGUAUAUGACUGCCCCACACAGCUCACCAAAUUGGCAACGUUUUCAGUUUUAAGUCUGAAUUUUUUUCUAAUGGAGUUUAUGGAGUGUUCUGUUAGCUGUUUUUUUUCUUCCAGAACUAAGUGCCUCAUUUUCGUAUUGUGAGAUGAUGAUAAUGUGAGUGUUUAGUGUGAGGUUGUUGUUAAAUUGAAAAAGACAACAAAAACCUGCAUUUCUUUAAAGCUGCUUGGUGAGUGUUGAUGUUAUAAAAAACUGAGGAUAUAUCUGUGAAUGUUGACUUUUGAUUUAGCAACUAUGAUUUCUGUACAAAAACUGAAGGCAAAAAGGUGAUUUUGUCAUUUUUCCAUGACGAUAAAAAUUGUAAUUUUUGUUCUUGUUUAAAUUCAAAAAUAAAUAUUUUGCAAAAAGCGCUGACUUUUUUGCAUGUAAUAAAUAUCCCAAUUUGAAGGACAUUCUACUCAAUGCUCACAACUGACAGUUCAGGCCAUUUUUAAGUGAUUGAGGAAGUUGCAAUAUUUUAAAGCAGUGUAAUCUUGUACGGCUUGUUUUGGCUGUCACAGCCGUCAGUGGGUUAAGACAUUUGUGCUGAAGGGUUUCCAGAAUGCUGUCAGUGAUAUUACAUGUAAUCUGUUUAAUAGUAUGACCUCCCCGUGGCCUAAUUGGAGUAGUUGUAGUACACUGUAUUACAGUGCAACUACUGUAACCUGGGCCAUUAAGACAAAGUUGACCAAUCGGAUUAGAGGAUAAUACCAAUACAUUCCAAGAAAGUUGGUUAUGGGCCAGUCAGCAGUACAUUAAAAAACAACAAGUUACUGGAAGAACAAUUUUAAAAUAUUGAUAGCAAACGUUUUUCAAAGAACAUACAAUAUUUCACCGAACAAUGUUUUUCUAUUGAAAACUUUUACACCCAGGAGACAUAUUUGUUUGACCCAAGCUGUUAUUUUGUCAUCUGCAACCAAUUUCUUUGCUACCAUUGCCCCGCUUUGCAAUAACAUAUUAACCUCAAGUCAAAAUUACAACUAACAUUUACAUUUUUUGUCUCUGUCACACGCUCUAAUGGACCUCCCAAGAAACACAGGCUUUUUUCAGCAGGGUCAAAAGGUCAUGUCUGUAGGUUGUGAUUGGUUGAUUUUGAUGAAUGCUGUUUAUUAUUGACAACUAACUGUCUCGGAAAAUAUUGUUAUUUUCCUGUAAUCUGAUUGGUCAACUUUGUCUAGGUGGCCCCGGUUGUAGUAGUCGCUCUGUAACAGGGUUUCACACAUAUUUUUGUUGUCUCUUGAUUACCUGUGUGUCUCUAGGAUGUGUUACUUGUAAAGCAGGGAGUUAAUUCUUCUUGUUGGCACUCAAUUCUCAUUUGCUUGUACCUUCAGAUUCACGUCAUUCCUGUACCAUCCAACCACAGUGGCGCCAACUCUUCUACAUUACAUAGUAGCUUGUGUGAUAAAUGCAGAGGAUACUAUAAUGAUCUGGAAAAAUCUUACAAGAAGAUAAAAGUGUCCGAUGCUCAAGAUUACAAAGUUUGUGGAGAUGUAUCUGCUUCGGUAAGUACAUUUAAUGCUCUGAAGAGGAUAGCCUGUGAGAGCAGAUGCCCUUUUAGACUUUUGUUUUACACGACCUACGCAAAAGCCAAAAAAGGUGUUUACUUCCUGAUUUUUGAUGCUCAAUUUUCUUUUCUAAUUAUUUGAAUGAUUACCGUAAUUACUCAAAUAAGCGCCGCUCCCAAUUAAGCCCCACCCUCGAAUAACAGCCGCAUUUGGAACAAAAAAGUUAAUAAGCACUGCCCCCAAAUGAGUGCUGUGGCCCUGAUAUAUAAUCAAAAUCAGAAGACUUUAAUUUUGGUCGUUUAAUAUGGAAAAUAACAAUACCGUAUACACAGUUAUUAUACAAAUUAUUCUUUGUUACGUCCAGCUUUCAAAUCAGUGUGGCCCUCAAAUAAUUUAAAUCCACUUGAGGCGUGAAAAAUUUAAUGAGCACUACGCCACUCACUCAAGUAAAUAUGGUAUGUUGUUGUCUCUUCUGACCCUUUUCAUAGUUGCUGUAAUGAAUAAUUAGCAAUUAUUGGACGAGUUAUGGAGGCUAAGGAGGGUGUUAUCCUUGAGCUCCAUUAAUACCCACCAUGAUCUCCAGAAUUCUACAAUCAGAUCAUACAAAAGUCAAAUUGUUCCAUCGAUUGUUUUAUUAUUCAUUCGAAAUAAUUCCGUGCUUGAAAACUAGCUAAAGCAUAGCCUGCGAGCAAGCUCUCUUAUUUGGGCAAGUGACGCGAGUCUCACGAGGCUCACUUCGCUUGCCCAAAUAGGAGAGCUUGCUCACAGGCUAGCUAAAGCAUGCCUACCUCGUCCAGUGUUAAGUUCCUGUCUUUAUUUGUCUAUUUCUCGGCAAUUUGAAUAUCUCCUCAUCCCUGUUUAAAAACAGGGAUAUUUACUUCAACAGAUAUUCUCCAAAUAGCAGAUGUUGUCCAUUGAGUUGUGUCCUUCCUGUUCUUGCCAUGUUUUAAGGCAGUAGUUUAGCUAUUUCUUCUUCACGAAACCUGUGAAAUGUUCCACCAUAUUGUACUACUCUACUAAAACAAAGCAACCUUGUUCUCAGGGCUUCUCAGUUGCCAUCGAUUUUUCUGGCAUUUAUGCUGACUAUUGACAUCAUUUUCCACAUAUCACAAACAUCUUACAGAUUUGGUCAACAAUAGCUGGUUGUAAAGAAUUAGGCAUGGGAUUUGAGCCAAUCAGAAAUGGACAAAGAUUUUUAAUAAAAUUUAAUAAUAAUUGGGAAUAUUACAAAUUAGGGUCAGAAGACAAAGGAAACUGCGAGGUAAAAGCUGACAAUUUAACUUUUUAACACUGGCUGGAUUUUCUCUGAUAAAGGGUUUAAAGUAUUCAAUGGAAUCGUUGGAAUAGUUCCUAUGCUAAACUAUACGGAUAUCCUUGGCUUCAGUGAAGUACAUACCUUUUUCAGUCUAGAACUACACGAAAGGGUAGAAAUUUUACAAGUUUGAGAAAGGGUCUUUCAAAGUUUUGAAAAGUUAUGCCCUUCAGAGGUUGCUCAAGUGAAAAUUGGGCAUACUCUUCCGUUAAUUAUAUAAUUUAGUUCAUGAGUGUAGAAAGAGAAUUGAAUUUUUUGUGGAGGAGACAGUCUGUGGUCAAAAGCAGUUACAAGUUAGAAUUAGGAGUUUGGACCGCGUAGGGAGCGUCACUUUUAAAAACAUCUGUAAUAGAUUUUUGCUUGGGCCAGCAAAUUAUGUGAUCUUCUAUUUGCUUUUAAAAAGAUUCUCCACUCCUCUUUGUUUUGUUGUUAUUCAGAUGAAUUAUACGCGGCAGCGCUGGAGCAAAAACUUCAACUGUGUCAAGAUACACACAGAUUUGGUGUCUGUUGUUGCCCUUACAGUGUUUUUCUGUUUUCUUCCUGUGAUUUUCUACACUUCUGUCAAACUGCAGUAUGAUUAUUCCCAUGAAAGAAAGCCAGGUUAGCUUAUUAUUCAGUAUUAAAGAAACAAUCUUUUGUGUGUUGUCCAUGGCCACUCUGUUCCAGGUCAGAUUGUUCUAUGACGUUGAGCAGUCGGGUCUUUUUUGAAUUUUUCGCAUUUAGUACCCAAGCAGCGAGUGACACCACAAUGAACUUAUAUGAAACUGGUGAUUAAUAAAUUGUUGUUUUUCUCUUUCUCAACGAAGCGAUUAUUUUUAUUUUAUGGAAGGAAAUGGCAUUAACCAUGACACCAACAAUAAUGUUCGCUAUUAUUUGUUAUUUGUUAUUAUUUAUAAUUAUACGUGUGAUCACCAUUUUAACUUGAACUCAACAAGUGUUUUUGCAAAUUCCAUUUCUAUGAUUCAGUAAAAUAUUCGCCUUUCUUUUCUCCAGGUGCCUCUUUCAGAGCUAGCCAGUCAUAGUUGACCAAGUGAGUUACAAAUCCCGGUAACAAGAGUCAAAUGCGGUAUUGGUCAGUAGUCACUGAGGAGAUGAUGCAUGUCAUUGUCUAAUUCACACUGGUGUGUGAUCGAAAAACAUUGGCCCAACAGUUUAUAUCAUAAAUGUUUAAAAACUAUCUAAUUCAGGAAGGCCUAACUUAUGUGAGGGUGAUUAGAUAACUGCAAAGAUCACGAGAUUUAUUUUGUAUUUCUAUUCACCACAGUUUAUAAAUUCUCGAUACGGAAAUGAUGGUAUAUCGCAUUCUGUAUUAUACAAUAGUCACUAAUGGCUGAACUUUUCGAACAGCUGAAAAAUCUCACUUCACUUUCAGCCAUUCAAGGCGGGUUUGUUCAAAGGUUUAUUUUUCUGUUCAACCUCAAGUAGCCCGUAAUUAACUGUUUUUGUUUAUCUAUUUUUUACUAUAAAUGAUUAAAAAACGAGCAGCUAAUUUGUGGUUGAGCAACUCAUUAUUUCGAUCACAAUUGAAAAGUCAUGUGUAUUACAGUAUCAUCUGUUCAAAUAUUGUCACUUAAAAUUUCGCAGAGUAGAAAACCUUUGAGUAUAAAAAAUGAAAGAAUAACCUAUUUAGUGGUGAAUGGUUUGCUUUGAAAAAGGCACGUGCCAGUCGCACGCGCGACAUGUCACGAUCAAUUGUUCUUAGAAUUAUUGCGAUCUAUUGUUCGCCCUGUGAACGGGCAAUCGUUAUCGUCUGUCGAAGCGUGCUACCCAUGUGUUGCUGAGGAGGUCCCGAGCGACACGAGC